ACCGUAUACAAACAGCGCCACCAAUCCCUUGUGAAUGUCACCAAGUUGAUCCCUUUUCGAUUUCUCUUUUCUGAGUUUUUCUUAUUUAUUGGAGGUUGAUUUUGGGUUGCGAAGAACUCACCCUCUCUUGUGGUCCAUGAUCGUUGCGAAGUCAGAUCCAUGUUCUUCAUCGACGAUCUGUGGGAACUGUUUUCUGUGUACUGGUUCGGAUCGGGAAGAGAUUCUCUCUCAGAACCUAUUUCGCAGAUAAUUCCCGAGUCAAUGAUGGCUCCUUCAACCAACAUUCUUUGCAACACCGGCGAGGCAGAUUUCUGUCGGGAUGACUCUGCUGCUUUUCUACUUAAACUGAUCGCCAUUGCUUCGAUUCUAUUAGCCGGGGCUGCAGGUGUAGCCAUUCCGCUUAUUGGCCGGAACCGUCGGUUCCUUCAGACAGACGGAAGCCUCUUUGUCGCUGCCAAAGCUUUCGCUGCUGGUGUCAUCCUCGCCACCGGAUUUGUCCACAUGUUGGCCGGCGGCACUGAAGCCCUCUCGAACCCGUGCCUUCCGGAUAACCCCUGGUCCAAGUUUCCUUUCCCGGGGUUCUUUGCAAUGAUGGCUGCUUUGGUCACUCUGCUUGUCGAUUUCGUUGGGACACAGUACUAUGAGAGGAAGCAAGAGAGGGAGGCCGAGGAGGCGGGCGAGGCUUCUGAGCAAAGUGGUGAACAACAACCAGCUGUUGUUCCUGUGGGCGUGGAAGGCAUAAAUGGGAAAGUGUUUGGUGAGGAAGAAGGCGGUGGGAUUCACAUUGUAGGCAUCCAUGCUCAUGCAGCUCACCAUAGACACACUCACUCGCAUGGCCAUGGUGGAUGUGACGGCCAUCAGAAAAUAGCUGUCGGCCAUGCUCAUGGACACGGACACGAACACGGGCACAUCAGCUUGGAUAUCGGGAAUGGAGCUAGGCAUGUUGUUGUUUCUCAGAUUUUGGAGCUCGGGAUCGUGUCACACUCGAUAAUCAUCGGGCUAUCCCUGGGAGUAUCUCAGUCUCCAUGCACUAUCUGGCCACUAAUCGCAGCACUUUCCUUCCAUCAGUUCUUCGAGGGCUUUGCUCUCGGUGGCUGCAUCUCGCAAGCACAGUUCAGGAACAAGUCCGCAGCCAUAAUGGCUUUCUUCUUUGCGCUGACCACACCGAUAGGUAUAGGGGUUGGGACCGCGGUUUCGUCUUCCUUCAACACUCACAGCCCCACGGCUCUGGUCACUGAGGGGAUCUUGGAUUCUCUCUCGGCCGGCAUUCUCAUCUACAUGGCUCUCGUCGAUCUCAUCGCCGCUGAUUUCUUGAGUAAGAAGAUGAGUUGUAAUGUUAGGCUUCAAGUCGUGUCUUAUGUCAUGUUGUUCCUCGGAGCCGGACUUAUGUCCUCCCUCGCCAUCUGGGCCUAGUUGUAAGUUUUUAUAGUUUCCGGGUCCUUAUGUGAUGUUUUUGUUUUAUAGGGUUCGUUGGUUAAGCUUUUUUUUCUUCUUCUUAUUUAUUGCAGUAUAUAUAUAAUAUUUAUUUGUAGGAAGAAUAUUCCGCAAAUAUUAGCUUAUGAAUCAGCAGUUUUCUUA